GUAAGGAAGGACAUAAUUUUUCUAUAUUCUGGGUGCUGGUGAGCGUUACUCUAGGUGCAGUAGCCAUGCUGUGCAAAGAACAAGGAAUUACAAUACUGGGUUUGAAUGCAGUGUUUGAUGCACUAGUGAUUAACAAGCUAAAUGUUUUGGAGCUUAUUCAAAAGUUACUACAUAAGGACAAGUCAUUGGAGAAUGUUGGGCUGUUAAAAAAGGGGCUGCUUUUCAGGAUAACUCUUCUGAUGUCUGGAGGGGCCAGUAUACUUUAUAUACGCUGGAGGAUUAUGGGCACGGGGCCACCGGCUUUCACUGAAGUAGACAACCCAGCUUCAUUUGCAGACAGCCUGUUUGUGAGAGCUAUAAACUAUAAUUACUACUAUUCGUUGAAUGCAUGGUUGCUGUUGUGUCCCUGGUGGCUGUGUUUUGAUUGGUCAAUGGGCUGCAUACCCCUCAUUAAAUCCGUCAGUGACUGGAGGAUAAUUGCACUAGCAGCACUUUGGUUCUGCCUAAUUGGUCUGAUAUGCCAAGCUCUGUGCUCAGAAGACAGCCAUAAGAGAAGAAUUCUUACACUGGGACUUGGAUUUCUUAUUAUCCCUUUUCUUCCUGCAAGUAAUCUGUUCUUCCGAGUAGGAUUUGUUGUUGCAGAGAGAGUCAUCUACCUCCCCAGCAUUGGAUAUUGUAUUCUGUUUACAUACGGAUUUAGUCUUUUGUGUAAGCAAGCCAAGAAAAAGAAAAUUCUUGCUGUGGCAGUACUUGGAAUCUUGUUGGUAAAUGUAAUGCGCUGUGCACUCCGCAGCAGUCAGUGGAGGUCAGAAGAACAGCUUUUUAGGAGUGCACUGUCUGUGUGCCCUCUGAAUGCAAAAGUACACUAUAAUGUUGGCAAAAACCUGGCUGACAAAGGAAAUCAAAGUGCUGCAAUCAAAUACUACAGAGAAGCUGUAAGGUUGAAUCCGAAAUAUGUACACGCUAUGAACAACCUUGGAAAUAUUCUGAAAGAAAGAAAUGAGCUCCAAGAAGCAGAGGAGUUGCUGUCCUUAGCUGUACAAAUACAGCCUGAUUUUGCUGCUGCAUGGAUGAAUCUGGGAAUAGUACAGAACAGUUUAAGAAGGUUUGAAGAAGCAGAGCAAAGCUACUGGACAGCAAUUAAACACAGGAAAAAAUACCCAGAUUGUUACUACAAUUUAGGGCGGUUGUAUGCAGAUUUGAAUCGCCAUAUAGAUGCAUUGAAUGCAUGGAGGAAUGCUACAGUUCUGAAGCCAGAGCAUAGUUUAGCUUGGAACAAUAUGAUUAUAUUGCUUGAUAACACAGGCAAUCUAGCUCAAGCAGAAGCAGUUGGAAGAGAGGCCCUGGAAUUAAUACCCAAUGAUCAUUCCCUUAUGUUUUCAUUGGCAAAUGUACUGGGCAAAUCACAGAAAUAUAAGGAAUCUGAAGCUUUGUUCCUCAAGGCAAUUAAAGCCAAUCCAAAUGCUGCCAGUUAUCAUGGUAAUUUGGCUGUGCUUUAUCAUCGCUGGGGAAAUCUUGACUUGGCGAAGAAGCACUAUGAAGUCUCUCUGAAGCUUGAUCCUAUGGCUCCUGGAACCAAGGAAAACUACAACCUCUUAAGAAGAAAACUGGAGCAAUUGCAAAAGAAAAGCGGUGCCUGA